AUGGACGGGUUUGCAGGAGCACCCAGGUUCCUGGCCUACCCGCGCACUUUCACGGUGCAAAACGGCGCUGACGCCGUCCUGAAGUGCCAGAUCGCGGGCGACCCCCGCCCCAGCAUCCUCUGGGAGAAGGACAGGACCCCGAUCGAGCCGUCAGGCCGCUUCCAUGUGGAGGCCAAGGGCAAUGUCUACAGCCUGCUGGUCUCCCGAGUGACCCCGGAGGACAGCGGGCUCUACGUCUGCAAGGCCAAGAACAACGUUGGCGAGACCUAUGCUGCUGCCACACUUAAAGUGGAGGCCAGGGAGCCCCAGGAGGAGGGAGACCAUGAAAACAAGCCACCCGUCUUCCUGGUCCGGCCUUCGUCGAUGCGGGUGUGCCGGGGGGAGGACGUGAUGUUCACCUGCAGGGUGUCAGGGCAGCCCUGCCCGGUGCUGCACUGGGAGAAGGAUGGGCACGAGCUCUCCGACCUCUUUGAGAGCAGUCAUUUCUCGGUGGGGAAGGAGCCUGAAGACUGGCACUUCCUGAAGCUGUUCAGCGCUCGGCCCCCGGACGGGGGGGUCUACGUGUGCCGGCACCGCGUGCGCUUCCAGGUGCAGCUGGCGGACGUGGAGGUGCAGGAGCGGGAGGACGCCGUGCUGGAGUGCCACGUGCCGCUGGAGACCAUUCCCACCGCCUGGUACCUGGAGGACAAGGAGCUCCAGCCCAGCCCCAAGUACGUCAUGGAGGAGCACGGCGUGCUGCGGCGCUUGACCAUCCGCGACGCCCGCACCGACGACGACGGCAUCUACCUCUGCCAGAUGAAGGACAAGGGGCGCAGCGUUGCUGAGGUCUCCGUCCGAGGGGUGAUCGUGAAGAGGUUGCCGCGGAAGCUGGACGUCAUGGAGGGGGAGAACGCGGCUUUCUGCGUGGAGACGCGGGAGGCGGUGGAGGGGAUCUGCUGGAGCCGGAACGGGCAGGAGCUGCAGGAGUCGUCCCACACCGUGCUGAAGAGCUUCGGCAGGACUCACCUCCUGGUGCUGGUGCACGUCACCCGGGAGGAGGCGGGCGUCAUCUCCUUUGCGGUUGGGGAGUCUCAGACAUCCUCCCAGCUCCGGGUCAAGUGUGUGAAGCGCGACCCUCCGAGCACCCCGGUGGCGGCCAGGAUGAGCACGGAGCACAGUAACGCGGCACUGCUGACGUGGUGCCCUGCGCCCGACGUGCACCAUCGCCCCCCCAGCAGCUACGUGCUGGAGCGGCAGGAGGUCAGCACCAGUGAGUGGGUGCAUUGCCUCACCACCGACCUGGCCAGCCUGGUGGAGGUGCUGGGCGACAGCGUGCCCUGCGAGGCGGACUACCGUUUCCGUGUCUGUGCUGUCAACAAGUACGGCAGGAGCAGGCCCGUGGAGUUCCCCGGCUCCGUGCAUCUUGUCCCGGCAGCUCGCCUGGAGAGAGGCCUGCAGGACGCGCGGGUGCGGGACGGUGAGGAUGCGCACUUCUCCCUGGAGCUCUCUGCCUCGGUGCGGGGUGCCUGGUUCCUGAACGGCGUGAGGCUGGGCGAUGAGGAGGCGGUAGGCGGCCGGUACUGCGUGCAGCACUGCAAAAUGGAGCACUCCCUGCUGAUCCGGGGAGUGCGGCUGGAGGAGAGCGGGGCCCAGGUCACCUUUGUGUCCAGCGGCAUUCGGGACUCAGCCACGCUCCAGGUGCAAGCCCAGCAGGUCCACAUCGCCCCAGUGCCCGAGGCCCAGCGCCUCCGGAACCGGCCGGCAGGGCGGCCCGUCCUCCGGGAGUGCGAGGUGUCCCCUCCGGGCGCCCCCGUCCGCUGGGUCAAGGACGGGGAGGCCGUGCCCUUGGACGACGUUAUUGCCGUGCAGGCGGAGGGCCAUGUGCGGAGGCUGCUCAUCCGCUCUGCUGGUCCCUCGGACAGCGGCAUAUACACGUGUGAUGCCGGGGAUGAUGCUGUGAGCUUCGUGGUGACUGUGACUGGUGAGCUGGGGACUGUGUGUGGGAGCUUGGGCCCCAUCUUCUGUAGCCGCAUGAGCAGGAGCUGGCGGUCGGAGGGGCUGGAGGUGGAGGUGGGCGAGAGCCUGGUGCUGGAGCGCGAGGGGCCGCGGUGCCGGCUGGGGCUGCCCUGCGCCCGGCCGCAGGACGCGGGGGAGUUCGUCUGCGACGCCGGCGGCGACUCCGUCUUCUACAACGUCACGGUGGCAGCUGCUGCCUCAGCUCUGGUCUUGGCUGUGCCCCAUGCCCGCAUGGACCCACGAGCUGGGCUGAGCACCCAGCGCACAGUCCAGGGCCCCUACAGCAUGUUGAAUCUCACAGCCCUGAUGAUGAAGAAGCCACUGGUCGACUGGUGCAUGGCCCUGGGUGUGGGGCACGAGGGGCCGCGGUCCCGGCUGGUGCUGCCCUGCGCCCGGCCGCAGGACGCGGGGGAGUUCGUCUGCGACGCCGGCGACGCUUCUGCCUCCUACAACGUCACGGUGGCAGAGCCACGCGUGAGGAUCCUGCACCCGCUGAAGCGCUCGCUGGUGCUGCCAGUGCUGGCCCUGGAGCCUGUGGAGCUGAGGUGCGAGCUGUCUGUGCCGGACGCUCCCGUGCGCUGGUUCAAAACUGGGCUGGAGGUGGAUGAGAGCGACAACCUUCUGCUGCGGGCAGAGGGGGCCUGGCGCCGCCUCAUCAUCCCAAAGGCCAGCGCAGAGGAUGCGGGCGAGUACAUCUGCGAGAGCAGGGAUGAGGCCGUCUCCUUCGAUGUCCGCGUGUCAGAGCUGCCAGUGAAGAUCCUACAGCCACGGAGACCUCCCCCCGUCGUGAAGGCCUCCCCGGGGGAGACGGUGACACUGGCCUGCGAGCUGUCCCGUGCAGAUGCACCCGUGUGCUGGGCCAAGGAGGGCAUCAGGCUGGAGGCGGGGGGCAGUGUGGUGCUGGAGGAGGAGGGUGCUCACCGGCGCCUGCUCAUCCCUGCCGCCCGAGCGGAGCACUCGGGAAAAUACGUCUGCAACACUGCUGAUGACACGGUGACCUUCACUGUCCAAGUGUCAGACCCGCUGGUCAGGAUCCUGGAGAGGGACGCUCUGCCGACCCGCCGGCACUGCCAGGCCAUGGAGGACCUGGUGCUGGAGGUGCACCUCUCGCACGCCCAUGGGGAGGUGAAGUGGUACAAGGACGGGGAGAAGCUGCAGGACACGGGGCGCGUGCGGCUGGAGGAAGACGGGGCACACCGCUCGCUCAUCGUCCUGGGUGCGACACGCAGGGAUGCGGGGGAAUACCUCUGUGACACCCGCGAUGACAGCAUCAUCUUCUGCGUCACCGUGGAAGCCCCAGAGCCACCGGUGACCAUCGUAGGGAACACAGGCGCUGUGGAGCAUCGCUGCCUCGUGGCCGGGCAGGACCUGGUGCUGGCCUGCGAGCUGUCCCGGCCCGAUGCCACUGUGCGCUGGCUCCGGGAUGGCCAGGAGGUGCAGCCCAGCGAGCGGGUCCGGAUUGAAGCCCGGGGGGCACUCUGGAAGCUCACCAUCCUUGGGAUGCAGCCCAGUGACUCGGGGUGCUACGUCUGUGAUGCUGCUAGUGACCGCAUGGUGACGAGCGUGGAGGUGUCAGAGCGCCAGGUUUGCAUCGUGCAGGAGCUGCAGGACGCCUGCGUGCCGGAGAACGAGAACGCCGUCUUCACGUGCGAGGCGUCGCACGGGGACGUGAAGGGCGAGUGGUUCCGGGACGGCGAGAAAAUCAAGGUCACUAGCAUGGUGAAAAUACGGCAAGAAGGAAGGGUCUCCAUCCGCAGCCUCUGCAGCCCUGAGCCAGAUGUGGUCAUCUGGGGCUGA